AUGAACUUGAAGGGGUAUUUUUGUAAUUCAAAAGUAAAGAAGAAAAAAAGGGGUAGACUGGUCAGGUUACUUUGUUUUUCUCAUCAUCUUUCUUUAAUUUCUUCUUAUUGUUAGUACGAAUUAUUCUGUUUCUUCUUUGGGUACACAGUCAACAAUAAACCAGAGAGAAAAGCAGUGAGUGAAAUCAUGAGGUGUUGUUUAUAAAAUGGUCAUCAGAGUUUUACAUCUAAACCACCACUUUAUUCUUCUUCUUCCAUUUCUUGCUUCUUCAUCUUCUUUUCUUUCUUCUCUGUGUGAAAUAAUAGAAUGAACAUCUUUGCACAUAUUUGAAGUUCACAGUGUUAAAGCGUCAGUGACUAGUGAUUGGGAACAAUAGGAAUGAUAGAUUUUUCUUUGAGGUGACUCCAUUCACUUGAUUUAUCCUAGUGAGUCAAAUCAAAUAGCACAGCUACUUGUUACUAAUGGCCGCACAACAGGAAGGUGGGUGGCCCUUAGGAUUACAACCAUUGAACGUGAGAGUUGGUUUGGUGAGGAAUCGUGAUUUUUCGGGGUCGAUGUCUUCCAACACACUUAUCACUGGUUCUCCAAGUUUCUCAACAGAUUCUUCAUCAGACUUGGAUACAGAGUCAACUGGAUCUUUCUUCCAUGACAAGAGCAUUACACUUGGGAGUCUCAUUGGUGUUUCGAGCAUCUUAGAAUUUUCUAGAAGAUCUAUUAGGGGUAGGAGAGCAGAAUCUAUAAGAAGUAAGAAGAAAAUUAAAUCCAAAACAUGGUUAUUUUCCCUGUGUUCAAAGCCUAGUGAUACUUAUGUAGAAAAUGUGACUAGUCCUCCAUCCCUCGGUCAGUUCCUUCAAGUCGAAAGAAAAGCUGCUAACAAUUGCAGAAGGAAUCAAAGACCAAGGAAUUAUGAACAUGGUGAGUUUGUUCAACCUGAUCAAAUGGCUUCUGAAUCAAACCCAUUAUUCGUCAAUGGGGUUGUUGCCCCUCCUCAGUCAAGUCAGUUCGGAUCAGAAAUUGGAAGGAGACACAAAAAAAGUUUAUCACUUGGCUGUGGAUGUGGUGCACCAGUUUUGUUAUCAUGUAUGCGUGGACAACCCUGCAACUGAGAAGAGUCCUGUUCACAUCUUCGUAUCUAUUCGCCAUUGUUACAUGUUUAUUGGUUUUAUUGUGGUCGAAUUUCAUGUUUUAGAAGCAAAUAAAAAGUCUGACAUCUGAUCUUAUAUUUUCCUAUACUUUAGGUGAUGGGGUUGGGAAUUUGGAUUUCUGGACAGCUUUUCUAUGAAAUUUUUACCUAGUGAAAUGAAUCAUUAUCUAUGUUGUACUUGUGAAUAUUCAUUUCAAAAUUAUACAUACUCCUAGUGCAGCACUUA